AUGGGCUCUCCUGGGUCUCCCAUAGUGGCAAAUCUCUACAUGGAAGUGGAAAGACAAGCUCUACACUCCUACAUUGGAACAUCACCCAGCCACUGCAGCCUUUCAAUAAUCCGACAUGUUGUUGACCGUCCUUCACAGUUUCACCUGUCCUACUCUGACAAAGAGCUCCUGGAGCGUGAAGACCGUGGGGAGUCUCAACAGGAGAUCCUGAGGAGAAUAGCCAAGAACCUGCCCAUCUACACCCGCACCAACUCUGGAGCGAUCCGUUUCUGCGACCGCUGCCAGCUGCUGAAGCCCGAUCGAUGUCACCAUUGUUCCGUGUGCGACAAGUGCAUCUUAAAGAUGGAUCACCACUGCCCCUGGGUGAACAACUGUGUGGGAUUUUCCAACUACAAAUACUUCAUGCUGUUCCUGGCGUACUCCCUCCUCUACUGCCUUUUUAUAACUGCCACAGACCUCCAGUACUUCAUCAAGUUCUGGACGAACGGCCUCCCAGACACUCAGGCCAAGUUCCACAUCCUGUUCCUGUUCUUCUCGGCCUCGAUGUUCUCGGUCAGCCUGGCGUCGCUCUUCAUCUACCACUGCUGGCUCGUCUGCAAGAACAGGUCCACACUGGAAGCUGUUCGCGCCCCUGUGUUCCGUCACGGCACUGAUAAGAACGGAUUCAGUUUGGGAAUCAGUAAGAACUUCCGACAGGUCUUUGGUGACGAAGUCAAAUACUGGCCCGUUCCAGUUUUCUCCAGUUUAGGCGACGGUUGCUCGUUUCCAUCCUGUCUUGUAAAUCUGGACCCGGAGCAGCCGUCCUCACCCUCCGGCUCCAACCCUGCCAACAAUGGUCCCCAGGACGGCCGUCAGUUCCCCUCCAAACCUCUGAGAGAGAGUCAGAGUCGACUGCUCACCACUACCCCCUCCUGGACAGACAGUGAGACUACAACAGACAAAGACAGAAAAGGUUCCAGUAACCCUGUAAUGAUUAUUGAAAAUGAGGCAUAACUGAGGCUGAAAGUGUAAUUUUGGUCCAGUGAGGUCUCAGCGUUUGGCGGCUGUCAGAUUGUUUUGUCAAAUCACUGGCUUUUUUGUGUUUUUGUCUUAUUUUUUUUAUCUGUAUUUUUUUUUUUUGGUUUAAGACUGACUUUAGUUUGAAAUAAAGUAUUAAAACCACGUCUCCCAAAACUAGUGGUAGUCUGUGGAAUAUUGUCUGCGUGACUACACGCAGACACAAAACUACACAGACAACAUUGAUUUAAGCACCGUCACUGUCAGGUUAAAAUAAUUUUUAAAAAAUUGCAUUGAGAGUUUAACAAAAUCAAACAAAGUCACUAUCACUAAUCACAAAAUCACUAAUUUAAAAGUCCAAAAUCCUAAUAAAGUUUUUCCAGGUUAGUUAAUUUACUUUACUGUACUUUUUUAAGUAAUAGAUUUAAAUUGUAUUUAACUGGAACAAUAGCUACAUCUCACAGUCUUUAACCCUAAUAACCUGUUUUUUUCCUUACACUUUAUUUCUACCAAUUAUUUUGCACUCAGUUUAAGUUUGGAGUUUAAAUUUUGGAGAAUCGCUC